AUGACCCGGCCCGCUUCGCCCUUGCUGCCGCUGGCGACCUCGGAGAAUCCCUGCAAUGACACCGCCCCCGCCUCCGGCACGGAGAUGACCCUCGCCGCGGAGAUUUUCGCCAGCAUGCAGUGGCACGACACGCGGUUUCACGACGCAGUGUGGCACCACGAGGUUAACGACGAGGAGGACCACGAGGAGGGCUAUAAAGGCAUCACGGCGGGGCAUGACACCAUCGUCCAGCUGAAGAUCAAAGACCACCAGGACAUUGGGAACCGCUUGGAGUUACGUAACUAUCAGGACAUCGACAUCCAGCGGGAGUUCAUUGGCCACUUGGACAUCGGUGACCAGCUGGGGAUCCUCAUCCACCAUGACACCAGCGACCAGCUGGGAGCCAUUGACCACAAGGACGUCGGAGAGCGUGACCCACUCGGUGUCCCACUCAACAGUGACCACGACACUGAUCUCGACUCCGAUUCCUCCUACCUCAACCACGCCCACCUCCUCCACGACCAACCCGGGCUCGACGACCGUGUCGGCACCAACAAGACGACCUACAUGACCGCAACCCCGACUCCGACCACGGCCAGCGCGCAACAACCCAGCGAGCAGCACGCCGACAACCAAGAGUGCAACGACCAGUCAUACAUGCAGGUCUUUGUUGUGACGGUCACGGGGAAGACCAUCGCUCUCGACGUAAUGUCUUGCGAUACGAUCGGCCAAGUCAAGGGAAGCAUCCAAGACAAGAAGAUGGAAAAGCAAUGUCUGGACGCGAUCAGCUCGCAUGUGCCCGCUGGGGAGAAUGUAAUCGUGACGCUACAGCGCUCCAACCACCAACAGCUGGACUUCAGUAGCACGACGAACGUAUUAUCGACGGUGGACGCGCGGGAUCUUCACGAGACGUUGCACAAGGACCACGAAGCCAUCAACGACACCGUCAAUACCUUCGAGAGCGAGUCGAUUUUGCAUUGGAGCCGGCCUACGGGCAGCCCCUCUGACCAUGACUUCCGUCUGGCAAUUUAUGGCUACACGCGUGCCGGCAUGGACAAGUUGGAGGUAGCCGUCUUUGCGCGACGACUUCGACAACACAUCAGUCAGGUGCAGCACGCAGUGAUAGGGGCCUUCACCGUUCCCGUUGCGCCGCACGCGGAGAUGAAGGCCAGCGUGGAGACCUCUGUCAAGAAGGUCAAAGAAGAGUGGUGCAUGCCGUUCGACGUAGUUGAGAUCUUGGAUAUCCCGGACUCUGAGUUCGGCAGCGCAUCCGCGCCUUACAUUUGCGAGAAGAUGAAGAUUGGCUCGCACAAGGAAAAGGACAAGCUCGCCAAAGCCAAGAAGGAGGUCUACCUGAAAGGAUUUUACUCGGGCGUGCUCUCCGUGGGCCAGUAUGCAGGCCAGAAGGUGAUGGACGUCAAGGACAAAAUCAAGGAGGAGCUUAUCAAACAAGGGCAAGCUGCUCGAUACUUCGAACCAGAGAGUCGGGUGGUGGCGCGGUCUGGCGACGAGUGUGUUGUCGCUCUCUGCGACCAGUGGUACUUGAAGUACGGGGACGAGGACUGGACGCGGAGGGUCAAGCAGCACGUUGACACAGACUUCAACAUGUUCAGCGACUCCGCCCUGAACGACCUCUCCUACGCCGUCGGCUGGCUUGGCGACUGGGCAUGCUCCCGCACCUUCGGGUUGGGCACCAAGCUGCCGUGGGACGAGAAGUGGCUCAUCGAGAGCUUGAGCGACUCCACCGUGUACAUGGCAUACUACACGGUCGCGCUCCUUGCGAGAGGGGUCUCCCACCUGAUCGAGGGGGAGAGCGGCAUCCGGCCCGAAGACCUCACAGAGGAGGUGUUCGAUUUCAUCUUCUGUCUGCGGGACGAGCCGCCGGCAGAAACCCCGAUCGCGCAGGAUCUGGCUUCUUCAGAAGAUGCGCGGCGAGUUCUCCUUCUGGUAUCCACUGGACCUCCGCUGCUCAGGUAA